GGUUUAUGCCGUCGCGACGCCAGUGCGACGUCGACGGGCGUCCCGGCCGUCCGACGCUCCCGCGUCCUCAUCGUAAAGACGCGCAUCAGUGGCGUCCUUGUGUGUAUCUCCUUGAGUGCAAUAUUCUAACAGCCUGCGAAAUUGACUCGGGAUUCACUGAUUUCAAAGCGCUGGAUGCUGCGGACUAUAUUCACGUCAGAUCUGGACCACUCGAAUGGAGAAACACCUGUUGUCAGAAAUACUCUCUUAAAAUUCCUAAAGUGCCGGGAGACCCUAAACCGAUUCCAAGUGAUUUGAACUCGAUGAUCCCCGUCACAGUGGGCCCAACGGGUUACUUCGCCUAAACGAAGUGCGAGCCUCUUCGUUGACCCGUAAACUCUUUAUAGCCCUUUAUCGAGAUCGUUUCACGAGGGUGAAUAACCA